CCGAGAGCGCGCCCGGAUGCGCGUGCUGAGCAAAGCCUUCUCCAGGCUCAAAACCAGCCUGCCCUGGGUGCCCCCCGACACCAAGCUCUCCAAGCUGGACACGCUCCGGCUGGCUUCCAGCUACAUCGCGCACCUGCGGCAGCUGCUGCAAGAGGACCGCUACGAGAACGGCUACGUGCACCCGGUGAACCUGACGUGGCCGUUUGUGGUCUCGGGGCGACCCGACUCUGACACCAAAGAAGUUUCAGCUGCCAGCAGACUCUGUGGGACCACCGCUUAGGUCGAACUUGAACGCCAUGGGUUACUGGUUAAGCGCCUGCGUUUGGGGGCCACGGAGAGAAGGGAGACUACGUGAGAACCCCCAGAGAAUGGGGGGAGGAGUUCCAUUGGAUUCUCCUAGACACCCCCCACUCCGAAUUUUCAACACAAGUGGCGGGCGCGAGGGGGCAGAGCCCUAGAGUUGGCGGAGUUGCUGUCGUCUCAGGGCGCCCAAGGCACCGGCUGCAGCGGCGGACCUGGGCGAGGACACUUCACCCCUCCAGGAAGCGCUUGCUCCCGUCUCAGAUCCGACCUCCGGCUCCAGCAGUGCAGACCCUCACGCUGCCAUCAGAGCCCAGUGCCGAGCCCCCUGGGGUCAGUUUCCGAGCUGAGCCAUAUAUGUAUUUAUAUAUAUGCAUCACACGUGACGGCACUGCUCUGCGCAGCCCGGCCUUUACCAUUAGACUGGUUAGGACGCUCUCUCCGUGACAAUCGGCUUCAAAGACAGGAAUCUUCGCGUGAGACCCACAUUGGGCAGGUUUUUAAGUUGCAAAGAGAGGAGAGUGAAUUCCUGGGUGAGCUUAGUAUCCCACAGCGCGGAGCCCUCCAGGCGGAACGACUGGUGGGUGCCCUCUCUCUGUCCCAGAAGCGGGAGCAGUCUGAGAACACCUGAGCCUUUUGCCCCCAGUGCUCCCCGCAGUUAGGCCUCCGUGCUGCGGGCAGACCCCUCAUUCCUGCAGGCUCCCUACCCUUCCUAACCAGGCUUAGGUCUAUCCUGUCCCCUCCUAGGGGUGAUCCACCCCCUCCUGACCUCUCCAGGCUCCUGUCCUUCAGGCUUUCCUCUACCCCCUCCUCCCACACCUCCUUGCAGAGUCCCCUUCCACUCCUGACUGUCCCUACCUGUCCCCCACCCCCUCCCCCUGCUCGCCCAGCAAGGGUCACCCCUCCUCCAACACCAUCUCCCUGGCCCACUUUCUUUCUCCCUCCUGGCACUGAGCCUGUUUGGUACCUAAUGACCCUGCUCAGGGGGAACAAACCGCUGCUGGAGGCUGCACGACCACAGUUAAUUAACAAAUGUAAAUAAGUUUAUUUUUUUA